AUGCCUGGUCCUAGCCCCGACCAUUUUUUGUUAGGAAAUUUCUUGGAAAUGGUUAAACCUAGGGGUGGAAUGCAUUGGGCAGAAAAAUAUGGCGGUGUAUACAGGUGUUAUGGAUUAUUCAAUGAACCAAGAGUUCAUAUUCUCGACGAAAAAAAUAUUCAAAAAGUACUUGUUAGUGAUGCGUAUACUAAGUUUGGUAGAAAAAUCGCCACGGGAUCUUUCAAGAGGAUUAUUGGAGAAGGUCUUUUGGCGCUAGAUGGUGACGUACACAAAAGACACCGUAGACUGAUGAAUCCAUCGUUCGGUCAUAACAGUAUUAAGGUAAAUAUUUACAUUAACAGCGGGGUUUCUAAUAUAGUGAAAGAUCAAUGGAAGCAUGAAAUAAAGAAUAGUCAAAAUGUUAAUAAUAAUAUUGAUAAAAAAAGUGCAAUAAUUGAUGUUGGUCGUUAUAUGGGAAAAAUAUCUUUGGAUGUUAUUGGCAUAGUUGGGUUUGAUUCUGAAAUAAAAUCUUUAACGGGAACAUCAAGACUUGCAGAAACAUUAAGCACUCUUUUGGAUAACAACGACGUGUUAGCGAUUAGUUUAUUAGCACUUGCUUUACCCAUAGUGAAUUAUCUGCCAUUAAAAAUGAAUAAAGAUAUCGAAAACGCUGCGGUUGAAAUUGAAAAAAUUACAAAGGAAUUGGUUCAAGAUAAAUUUGAUAAAUUGAAACAAGGUAAAUUGGAUAGCAAUGAUUUGGUAAGUGUAUUGGUGAAAGCUAGUUAUGGACAGGAAAUAGAUAAAAGUGAACAAAUGAGCUUUGAAGAAAUAAGAAAUCAGAUUAUGACAUUUUUGAUAGCGGGAUAUGAGACAACCGCUGUUAUGUUGUCUUGGGCAUUGUAUUAUUUAUCCAAAGAUCAAGAAAUUCAGGACAAACUGAGAGAAGAGAUUGUUAAAGAAUUUCCUGAUAAAGAUUUUGAGCCAAAUUUUGAUCAGAUCAAUUCCAUGGAAUAUUUAAAUGCGGUUUGCAAAGAAAUUCUUAGAAUUUCCCCUCCAGCUUUAUUUUCACAUCGUGUUGCAAAAGAAGAUGUCAUGAUUGAUGAAUAUCUUGGCACGGAAAUUCUCAUACCAAUUUAUCAAAUUCACCAUAUGGCAUCAAUUUGGGGUGAUGAUGUCGAAGAAUUUAAACCAUCACGUUGGUUUACAGAAAAAGUUAAAGGUCUUUCUCAUUACAAUUAUCUGCCAUUUGCGGCUGGGCCAAGAUCAUGUAUUGGUAAUAAGCUUGCAUUAAAUGAAGCGAAAGUUGUCUUGUGCACUUUAUUAAGAAACUUCCAGUUCCAUGAAGUCGAAGGUUUCAAAAUUACAAGUAAAAUAAGUAUCACUCUUAGACCUGAUCCUACUGUGAAGUUAUGGUUGCUCGAUGGCCGUGGUAAACAUAAAAAAAAGAUCGCUUUAUGUGAAUCUUGUGACUUCAUGGAGAGUAAUAAUGUAAGUGGUAUAUAG